UACCAUGGUUACAUUUCGAGGUAUUGGCCAUCUGAAUCUAGAGGCAAGUUGGAGGUGAUUUUUUAUGUUCUCUUAUUUCUUAAUCCUAUCGACAGCUUGACUCUACCAUUUUCUUUCAUGGAUUCUCUGCAAACAAAUACUGCUUCAACUUUCGACUCCUUGCCACCUCAAGAACCUCCUCCUUCAUAUUCAGAAACCCUAGCUUAUUCUGCGGUUGAUCCAUCUUCUUUGCAGAACCAUUCUUCGUAUGACCAAGAUCAAGGUUUUCCGGCACCGCCAGAAACCCUAGCUUUGUAUGAUCAAAAUCCUCCGCCUCCUCAAGAAACUGUUGCUUCGUACGAUCAAUACCCACCACCGCCUCCGGAAAAUGCUGCAUAUGAUGAUAACCAGGUGCCCCCUUCGGAAUUCCGACAUUCAAAUUAUCAAAAUCAAAAUCCAAACUUUUCUUCGGAAAAUCAGAAUCUUGAAAAUGGAACUUCGGUCGUUGCAGAAAGAUCUUCGGCGGAUCUAGAGACUGAUGGAAACAGUGAUCAGAUCCAGAACGCACGGAAACCAGAGAUCCAGAGGCCUUUAUUGUCCGAUAGUGGUAUUAAUAACACUCAUAGCGGCACCGACAAAGACUGUUCUGGAGGAGAAGAAGAGACCAGUAGUAGACGCAGGCGCCGCAGUAGGUGGGAUCCUCCGUCGGAGUCUGACAACCAAAACGGUGAUUCUGGUAGUGGAAUUCGCAAGAGGAAGUCGAGAUGGGCUGCUGAGGAACCGAAGCAUGUUCUCCAACUGCCCGACUUCAUGAAAGAACUCACAGGAGGUAUUGAUCUUGACCCUGAAAUCCAGCGUUUAAAUGCUAGGCUUAUGGAGAUAAAUCGUUUGUUACAGUCUGCUCAGUCUGGUGCAUUAUUAGAUGAUCGCCCUGAAGGUGCCCGUUCACCUUCUCCUGAACCCAUUUACGAUAACAUGGGUCAUCGUAUAAAUACUCGUGAAUACCGGGCCCGUGAAAAACUUACCCAAGAGAGACGGGAGAUUAUCUCUCAAAUAAUAAAAAAGAAUCCUGCUUUCAAACCCCCACCAGAUUACCGGCCUCCCAAGCUUCAUAAGAAGCUUUACAUUCCCAUGAAAGAGUAUCCAGGUUACAAUUUCAUAGGGCUUAUCAUUGGACCAAGAGGAAACACACAGAAAAGAAUGGAGAAGGAGACUGGUGCGAAGAUUGUUAUUCGGGGUAAAGGAUCGGUUAAAGAAGGAAGGUUGCAACAGAAGCGUGACUUGAAACCUGAUCCAUCCGAGAAUGAGGAUUUGCAUGUAUUGGUAGAAGCGGAGACACCGGAAGCACUUGAGGCUGCUGCAGGUAUGGUAGAGAAGUUGUUGCAGCCUGUUGAUGAAGGACUCAAUGAGCAUAAGCGACAACAACUCAGGGAACUUGCGGCUUUGAAUGGAACUAUUAGAGAUGAUGAAUUUUGUAGGUUGUGUGGUGAGCCUGGUCAUCGUCAGUAUGCAUGCCCUGCUCGUACUUCAACAUUUAAGAGUGAUGUACUCUGCAAAAUAUGUGGUGAUGGAGGGCACCCUACUAUAGAUUGUCCUAUGAAAGGAUCAACCGGGAAAAAAAUGGAUGAUGAGUAUCAGAACUUCUUAGCAGAACUAGGAGGGUCUGCCCCUGAUUCACUGACGAAGCAAAACGUGUCAGUACCCCUUCUUGGUUCGAACAGCUCAGGAAGCAAUCCUCCUUGGGCCAGUGGUAACAAUGCUGGAGGUUUUGGCAACAUAUCUCAAGCAGGGUUGGGUGCGAAUGGAGUUAAGAAGGAGUUCGAUGAUACAAACUUAUACAUUGGGUACCUGCCACCAAAUUUUGAUGAUGAUGCCCUUAUACGAUUGUUUUCACCUUUUGGUGAUAUUGUUCAGGCUAAGGUUAUUAAAGAUCGGGUGACUGGAUUAAGCAAAGGUUAUGGUUUUGUUAAGUACUCUGAUAUUUCUCAGGCCAAUCAGGCUAUAACUAGUAUGAAUGGUUAUCGUUUGGAGGGAAGGGUAAUAGCCGUAAGAGUUGCUGGUAAACCACCUCAGCCUGUUGUACCUGCUGGUCCUCCAGCUCCACCAAUGCCCACAUACCCUGGUUCAGAUCAGGCGACUGGUGGCUAUCCCUCACAACAAUUUACAGCAGGUGGGCCUCUUGGCACUGGUCCACCUGGAGGUUACAUGGGUGCUCCAGUUCCAUGGGGACCACCACCUCCUCCUUAUGCUCCUUAUGCCCCACCACCUCCUGGCUCAAAUAUGUACACCCAUGUCCAAGGUCAGCCUGCACCUUAUGGUGCACAAUUUCCUCCUCUACAUGCUGGCCCCCCUGGUGCCCCAUCUCAGAGUGUGCCUUCUAGUGAAGCACAACAAAGUUUUCCUCCUGGAGUGCAGUCUCAAAAUAAUUCGUCAGUGCAUUCUGUACCUAAUAAUGUCUAUGGGAACUCAGGGGCUGGGAUGCCACCAAAUGUUCAACCUACAUAUCCUCCAUCCUCUUUAGGUUAUCCAUCUUAUUACAGUGCAGUGCCACCACCAGCGCCUCAUCCAGCAGGGGACCAUUCGCAGAAUUUGGGAAGUGCACCUUGGGCUUCAAAUCCAGUGCCACCACCUGUUAGCUCUGCAGACCAGGCAACUUAUGGUACUGAAUCUGAAUACGAGAAGUUCAUGGCGGAGAUGAAAUAACAUGGCUCUGCUACCCUUCUUCUUUCAAGGUUGGAAAGCUUGAGGUUUCUUGGAGGUUUUGUGAACCUGUUUUCUGACUGUUGCUAUGACUUCAACUUGUUGGAAGUUUGGGACUCACAUCUUUAACCUUGCUGUGCUGUUAUGACAUGCAGAGUCAUGAGAACCAAUGUUUCAGUGUACUCGGUAUAAUAUUGGAUUAGCUGUGAGGAGAGUUUCCCAAUGACAUAUCUCGGCUCAGGACUACACCCUCUUGUGGAUGAAUAUUGUUGCCUCUUUAGCGCUGAAGUGCUAAUAUUUUUCAUUCAUACUUAUGUUUGGAGUUUUUUGAAGAGCUUUACUGACAUGUUUUUGCUUUUAUAUAUCAUAUGAGAACUGUUUCUCGUACUUGGUUUGGUUAACUGUUUUCUUUAAUGUCUUAACUUUUGUUUCUAUGAUAACACUUUUUUCCAUUGUAAGGCUCUUAUUUCUAUCCUGGUAAGAAUGCACCUGAAGCUCUGUUAUUCAUGCCUCUGCAUCCAGAGUGGAAGUUCCAUGUCAUACCUUGUGCCAUUUUGGGUAUGUGAAAGUAACUUAAAGUCUGUUAUAAUGCUUUUGAUAGACCAUGGUAUUGUGUGUAUAUAUGCAAUUCCUAGCCUAAUGUGUCUUUCCAGUUUUUAUAUGGCAGGUCAGGGGACACAUUAGCUGUAUUGUAAUUGGUGAUGGCAUCAAACUCCAUUGUUGCUUGCAGCAUACUGUUUAUGCGUUUAUACUUGCUUUUAUAUUGAGUUCCUGGUGUCCACAGGCUGUUUCUUUAGCAACUCACAGUUCUUAGAUGGCUUUCUGCUAACUAAUAUCUUUCACCCUAAUAUAUCAAAGUUUUAACACUGUAUUGGUUAGCAUGUACUGGUCAACCAGGUGGACCAAUAAGAGUCUAAUAUUGGUUUUUCUAUCACCAUUGUUUUCCACCUUUUCAUCGCCCUCUUAAAAGGAGGGGUGGGGAAGGUCUUAUUUCUGUUUAAAAGUGCUUCCAUCAACUUGCUUGAAGUGCAAUAUCCUCUGUUGAGAUGUUUAAAAAAUCUAAUUUGUUUGGGCAGGUUGGACCAAUAAAAAGUCCUAUUUCAUUUGUUGUUUUCACAUCCCUUUUCUUAACGUGCCAUAUCUCUCCUCUCCCCCCUUUCUUCCUUCUCUUCUGAGUUUCGAUUUGGAAGUUCUUCAAAAGACUUAACUUGGAAUGCAAUCUCACAUGUUGAUUUUUUUUUCUUCUUAGAAUAAGAACAGGAGUUCUUUUUUUUUUUUUUUUUUUUUUUUUUUUUUUUUUUGAGGUACCAAGAACAAUUUCUGUGAAUAAUGGCACUAUUAUGUAUAUAAAUGGUUAAACUAGUUGCAUUUUAUUCUUGUUUAUGAUAUCCUUGAAUCAUUUCCAUAUUGAUCUUGUUGCAUGUGUUAGACUUCUUUACUUUCUGCCAUUUUCCUAAUGGUGUCCUUCAGUUUUGAUGUUUUCAUUUGGCUUUGGUUUACAAUAUCGUGUUCUCAUGGUUGUGCCUUAUUCUUGAGCAACCUGUUUUCCCAUUGCGCAUGAUGAUAUUUUUUUUCUGAACUGUUGAGUAUAGUUUCUUGUUUUUUCGUAUUUUUCCUUCCCGGCCUGGACCCACAGUUAUUGCUAGGUAGUUCUUAUAGUGACCAUUAGAUAUGUUAGUCCUCUUCCCUUUCUUGGAUUCAUUUAAUAAGCUUUUAACCUCCAAUGUAUAUUCUUGAAGGCGGAAAAGCUUUACACUAAGCUUCAUGCUUCCACUCAGAUUCUUGCAUGAGAGCGUGCCUUUUUUUCCAUUGAAACUUCAUCCUUCUCCUAUGUAGUAGAUGAUCCAUGGUUUCUCUGAAUUGUUUUGGUCAAAUAGGAUGCCAUUUUUUUUUUGCGGCUUUAUCCUCUGAAAACCUUCCACUUGUAGAACAAGCUGUGUAAGAUGAAAUAGAUUCUAUUACUUUAGUAUCCUUUAGAGAGAUGAGAUUUCAAAUAGUGAGGGAAUUCCUUGAUGGGCCAUCAUGGUAAGGCUGUCUGCAUGGCCCAUUAUUUUUUAGCCAAGUCGAGUGCUGAUCUCGGGACACCAACCAUUGGAUGGGUAGUAGACCUUCAUGUAUUAGUGUAUUACUCGCAUGUCAACUUUAUGGCAUAUCCAUCAUUUUUGUUCUUUUACCUUGUAUUUAUAAAACUUUCUACUUUCUUCACUGAAGUUUAAUUUAACUAGUAUUCAAAACUUUAUAUCUCCAUGUUGGAAAAUCUUUUUAUGCUGAAUACCAGUUUUGAGAGAUGGUGACAUGGACAAUGUUUCCAUGAAAUUUGGGUGCCAACUAUAAUGCUCCAACCUCGUAGAUUUUAGGCCCUCAAAAAAACUAUAGUAUCUUGAUGGCAAUGGGACAAUGUAAAGGAGAUUUUCCUUGCCAACAAGAUUUAAUGAAAACAUAUUUUGCUCUCAUCUGAAAAGUCAUUGCAGGUUCAGUUUAUCUUCACUCAAGAAUUAGCAAGAAAAGGUGAUGGAGGGCCGGUAGGGAUAGGGAAGAAUUCCCUGAGAUGAGUCUCAGAGUUGUAGGAGAGGGGGAAAAUCGCACUAAGAAGGGGGGGGGGGGGAAGAAGAAACGCACACAGCCCUCAGGCUCUCAACACUCAAAACUCAAUUCAUAUUUUCUAUUCUCUAAUUAAUCCACUGGUUACAAAUUAAAUAAGCAAAUAAAAGACGCCAACAUGGAAACAAAUCUUAAAAGGAAACUAGUUCAAAACGAAACUAGGAAACCAACUCUAAAUAGAAAACUAACUCAAUCUAAGAAACUGAAAUAAAUUUAGAAACUAAUAUCUCCCUAUGUAUCCUACUUGAAAUAAAAAAUUACAGAAUAUUCCCAAAUAAAUAAGAUUUACUAAAAUCCUACUAGACCAAGUAACCAAAAAUGGAUCGGCCCCAUCUCCGUUUAGAUACUCAGAUGGGUUUGGAUCAGUCCAUGGGUGUUCAUCUACAUCAAAAGGCAUGUUGUUUGUUGGAUAACUAUACAUUUGCUUCAUAUUUCAUGUAAGAAUGAUGCUUUAUCUUUUGGGAAGUGACAAUAUUGCAGCUUUAUGGUACUCACCAUGUUGUCCCUUUAUAGCUUGUAGUUUAGGCUUCCUGAUUUAUAUGGUAACCAUGUCAGUUAUGUAUUUAGAAGACAGUCCCAAAAUGUUUCCCUUCGAGCUAUAAUUUGUAUCUUCACAUAGGUUUUCUGAUAUGAAGCAUAUUAUAUGGUCACUAUGUCAGUUAUGUAUUUAGAAGACACUCCCAACGUGUAUCCCUUUGAGCUAUAAUUCGUUAGCUCCACACAGGUUUUCUGAUAUGAAGCAUCUUUCUUUCCAGUUGAUGCUCAGAUGUUUCUGUUAGUGUUGACCUUCUUAAACUUGCCAAACACAAUUAGAUUGGUUUGGGCUGAUGUAAUACUGACCAGGACCUGGAAAGUAAGAAAGUGUUGUGCCAUACUAACAUGUUUUUUUCUUUCUUUUUUUUUGAUAGGUAGGGAGGGAAGUAGGUAACAGCCAGGAGACUCGAACUUGAGAACUCCUGGUGAACAUGGGUUUUUUCCACACCACAACUCACCAACUGGGCCAUACUAACCUGUUGUCAUGCUCAUGAAUGAUUCUUCUCUUUUGUUUUGUUAUUACAGCGAACUCUUGUACAGUUGUACUCUGCUACCUUUUGUGUGUGCUCCUUUAUGCUAGGGUUGGCAGUAUUAUGUGUAACUGGCUUGAUUUCCAUUCUUUUGUUCUACCAUGGUUUGAAGGGGAAGCUGGUACAAGUUCUGGGUGGUGGGUAGUGGGUAGUGGGUGUGAAAUAGCUUGAUUAGUUGGGAAAAAGGCUACACUGAGUGAGUACUACUAAUGUAUUCCCCCACUUGCCAUGUGCUGCUCUCUUGAAUAUAUAGGCUUGUCAUGUUCUGUUUGUUUUGCAACUUCAGACAAGCUGACAUGGAACAGGUGCUGAAGUUAUCCAGGGCAAGCAGUGGUGCUGUGAUCCAAAUGAUAACAGUUGCAAACCAGGAUUUUGCUUGUACUUAAUCCUUCUCCCUUGAUACAAGGGAUAGCUGCCCUGAAGUGGUCUCAUUUUGGCGGAAUGGAUUGCAUAUACUGUUUAUUCUCUUUGUGGUACCCUUUCAACCUUGUGAUCAUUUGUUUUAUUGUCCAAAUCAACCUUUUGGAAAUGCUUCAGAAUGACCUGAGGUGGUGGUGCAGAUGCACCGUGCGAGAAGAAAUUUAAGUAUUCUCCCCUGGAACUAACUAUGUGGUAUUGCUUCACAUUGGUCUGAUUGUAUUUGUCUGGAACUAACAAUUUUCAAUUAUGGUUGGGUGAUUAAUGUAUAGUUGGAAGGAUAUGUUUGACAUUA